CAAACGUCGACGUUUUUUUUCAACAGUCAACCGUCCAAGCUCAAAUAUUCAGAGACAGAUUGACGCUGUGAUUGACGUCACCGCGAGAUAGGGGUAGUAUAUCACGUGGGCUUAAUGCCUGCUAUGAAUUUGAGCUUGGGGCAGGACGCAAGACCGCACGGUCACUACGCAUGUUCGCGGCGCGCCAAAGACUGCGUUCUCGCUCACCGCUCUCCAAUCGUCGCCGCUCUUUCUCCCACUUUCUGCCCCCUCCAUUCCGACUGACGAUGCCCACCUCCAAGCCUCAGCCUCCAGCCCACUCUAAAGUCCUUAUUUUUGGCGCGGGCAACUUCGGAUCGUGUCUUGCUGAGCAUCUGGGAGACUCGGACCAUCGCGUAUUUCUGUGGUCCCGCGAGGCCAAGGCCGUCCAACACUUCAACGAAUGCCACAAGAACUUGAAGUACCUACCCGACCACGAGUUCUCCAAGAACAUCAAGGCAGUGGGACCUGAAAUGCCAGACUCCAAAUUCUUGUACGAGAUGGAUGUUCUGCUGUUUGCUAUUCCAACGCAGUAUCUGAGAGAAAAUCUGACCAUUCUCAACCGCUCUCUACACGACAAGACGAGACUACCGCUACUCAUCUUCGUCAACAAAGGAAUUGAGAUCGAGACGGAUGCAUUGACAUUGGAGAUCAUCGCAGAUACUUGCGGGCCUGACAUAGCGAAGGCCGCGACUUUCAUUUCUGGGCCUUCAUUCGCUAAAGAGAUUGUUCGCAGGAUGCCGACGUCGGUGUCUGUCGCUUCCUUCACAGAGGCAGAGGCCGACAAAACAUCCGACCUCUUCCAUCAACCUCAUUUCAGAUGCUACACAGGAACGGAUCCAAUCGGGUUGGAACUCGCUGGGGCACUGAAAAACGUGUAUGCCAUCGCUGCCGGAAUGUCUGAUGGUUUGGGGUAUGAAAAUAAUACCAGAGCGAUGAUCAUCACGCGCGGUCUCUCUGAGAUGACGUGCAUUGGGACAGCCUAUGGCGCAUCGCCGCUGACGUUCAUCGGCUUGGGUGGGGUCGGCGAUCUCUUCCUGACCUGCUCGUCCAACAGCAGUCGAAACUACACGGUCGGCUACCGACUCGGACGCGGCGAAUCACUGGAGGAGAUCCUGGGCACCCUCGGAAGUGUUGCCGAGGGUGUUUCGACGGCUAAAGGUGUGAAACGCAUCAUCGACAAGCUGGGCGUGAAUGCGCCCAUCGCCGAACGGGUAUUUGAGGUGUUGUACACCGGCAAGUCCACGCAGCAAGCUGUCAAGGAGCUAAUGGAGAUGCCUCCGACUCGCGAGCUGGAUUUGCCCAAUCCAGGGAAGCCGGUCCGAGAUCUCAUAGCCAAAUUGGGCCUGCAAUAGAGUGGGUGCUCCAUUGUUUAGAAAGUUAUAAUGGCAUCUCUGAGAGAAACUCAUGCAGGCAAGAACAGAGAUGUCACCAGACUGGUCCCCUCCUAAACUGCAACAUUACGAGCCACGUUCCCUUGGCUUUCCAAUAUGAAGGAUCGGUGUAAGGGACGCAGACUGUCAAUGCAGGACGAAAC